AAACAAACACGUUGUACAGAAAAAGUGACGGAGUGAGCAAUCAGAGAAUUCAGAAACGAAGUCGCCAAAAACCGGUGACCGGCUCCGUAGAACAAAUCCAACAUCGGCCAUGCCGCCCCGCCAAGAACGCGUACGCCCGAACCACCCCAAGAGGCCAAGACAUCUGAACCACUACGUGGUCAGCUUUGACGGACCAACCGAACCCACUCGCUCGCCCUCUCCUUCGCGCCGCGGCAGCUGCUUCUGCUGCUUUAAUUUCGCUCCUCUUAUUCCCUUCCUUUCUGCAUUGUUACUCCAAACCCAACAACGAGAAUUACAAAGCAAGAAGCUAUCUGCACGCGUGGCAUGCAGCUGCUCCUCCUGCUGCUCGCCGCCGUCUUGGUGGCGGCAGAGCCGGCUGCAGCGAUAUCGACGAUGCCCAUGGAGCUCUACUUCUCGCCGGGGGAGCUCGCGCGUAUUGCCGGGUACGGCGAGGAGCCGGUUUCGACCGUGGUCGUGUCCGGCCAGGUCGCCUGCGAGCUCUGCCUCUGUCCCGGCUCCGACCUCCUCACCUUCGAGCUCCCAGGAGCCAAGGUAGAAGUAGCCUGUGAAACCGAAGGCCCCAACACACAGGCGAACUCUGUAUUUACAGCAACCGAUGAGUUCGGCAACUUCACCUUCCACCUCCCUUCUCGGCUCCACGCCACACCAAGCCUCGAGAACGCCUGCGUCGUCAAGGUGCUCCAGCUCCCUCCAGACUCUGCAUGUGGCCUUCGUCACCGUCCCGCCGCCUCCUACCGCAUCCGGCCAUCGUCCUCGUUGUCGUCGUCGGCUGAUGGCUUCCGCGCCUACACGGCCGGGGUGAUACGGCUGCAGCACGGCGGCACGCCGUCCGGGGAGUGCGUGCAGGUAGAGGACAGAGUGGAUAAGUAGCCUAAGAAUGGCUGGUGGAAAUCGUGCAUUGGGCGAAACCCAGAGAUUUCAUCGACCGAUCGAUCAGUUGCUUAGUUAGAUAGGAGUAGCUGUCUUCUGGUUUCUCCAAUUUGAGAAAUUGUAUAUGGAGAGGAGAGCGGAGGUGUUGAUUAGGUCUUAUUACCAAGCAUGUAAAUGGAAAAAAUGCUGCAAAUUAAGUACAUUUCAGGAGUCAGUUUGAGUUAUUUCUCAUAAUGAUGACGAAUGAUUUGACUAGGAACAUUUUGGAAAAUAGAAAAAAGAUAUAGUACGUUCAGGGCUUCA